CACCUGCUGAAUGUGCCUGUUGUGUUUUUGUUUUGUGUCCAGCAUGUGCAGAAUUUCAUCAACCAAACCUGGAGGGAGCGUUACCAAACUGACAUAUCAGCAGAUGUUCUCACCCUGCUUUGGUCCACUAUUGUGUCUAUAUUCACCAUAGGAGGUCUUCUAGGAGUGACAGUCGGUGGGACAUUGUCUGUAAAGCUGGGGAGGAAAGGGACGCUGUUGGCCAAUAAUAUAUUUGCAUUCAUGGCUGCCCUGCUAAUGGGUCUGAGUUACCCUACAGGAUUCUUUGAAUUACUCAUCAUUGGACGUUUUUUCGCAGGAAUGAAUGCAGGCAUUGGCCUUUGUGUUCAACCUAUGUAUUUGGGGGAAAUUGCUCCAACUGCAUUUCGUGGUGCCAUGGGAAUGGGAACUUCUAUUUUCAUCACUGGUGGGAUCUUGACUGGACAAGUUAUGGGCCUCAACGAGCUCCUGGGCAAAGAAAAGUACUGGCCCAUCCUGCUCUCCACCACAUGUAUCCCAGCAUUCCUGCAGCUCCUGAUCCUGCCCUGGUUCCCAGAGAGCCCGCGCUACCUGCUCAUUGACAAAGGGGAUGAUGAGGGAUGUAAAAAAGCCCUGAAGCAACUUCACGUUAUAGCUGGCUUUGAUGGCGAAUUGGCUGAUAUCGAGAAGGAGAAAAAUAAUUUGGUGGAUUUCCAGGCCAAGAAACCCUGGGAGCUUUUGACUGAUCGUAGUGUCCGCAGGCAGCUUCUCACCGCCUUGCUGCUCAACGCUGCACAACAGCUGAACGGCAUCAAUGCUGUACGUACAUGAUCACAUACCCGGUGUCUUUCAGUAUCCU